AUGGCGGCCGUGCACGUCGUCGGCGCCGGCGCGCUAGGCUCCAUGAUCGCGGCACGACUAAGUGCCGCCGGCGUCGAGACGCGGCUCGUCUUGCGCGCCAAGAGCAGUCGGUGGCGCGCCGUCGACGCCAGCAACCGCGUGCGAGUGCUCGUGGACGGCGCGCCGCACGACGUCGCAGCGGCGCCGGACGCCCGCGAUGCAAAGCUCGUGCUGCUCUGCACGAAGGUCUGGCAGGCGCGCGACGCUUUGAGGGAGGCGAAAACGAGCGCCAGGGUCGUCGCACUCUGCAACGGCGCGCUGUCGCUCGUGGACGACGCGACCAUUGUGCCGGCGGUGACGACGCACGGCUGCUUCGAGACGCAACCCUUCGACGUGACGCACGCCGGCCCGGGCACGCUCUGGGUCUCCGACGAGGAGGCCUUCGCGACGUUGUCAGCUUCAGAGACGCUGAACGUCGUCCGCGUCUCGGAGGUGGAGAUGAAGGAGCGACUCUGGAAGAAGCUCGCCGUGUCCUGCGUGCUGAACCCGCUGACGGCCCUCCAUUCGUGUAGAAACGGCGAGGCGCUGCCGGGCCGGGAAGACGUCUGUCGCGCCGUCUGCGCGGAGAUCGCGUCGCUCGACGACUGCCCCUGCACGGCGGCGGACCUGGAAGAAGCUAUCUAUCAGUGCGUCGCGGAGAACGCGGCGAACUACUCGAGCAUGUACCAGGACGUCGCCGCGGGCCGGCGCACGGAGGUCGACGCGCUGAGCGGCUGGGUCGUCGACCGCGCCCGCGGCGGCGCGCCGGAGAGCGCGCGGCUCGCGGCGGCCGUGCGGGCGCUCUCCCCGCGCUAG